GUUCAGAGAGGUUGAAGGUGGGAAGGAAGAUGAGGAUGGACAGAAGGAGGAAGGCUUGAAAGACCAGGAGGAGCCACGGUUCGGUGCCUCGGUCAAGGCCACGUUCUGCGUCCAAUGAGGAGCCACGUUUUGGGGUUGACCCCCUACUGGAGAAAGGUUCUGGUGGCCUCUCGACCACCUUCUCCAUCCCUUGGGUCUGGGUCCAUCAAGGAGCCACAUUUUGGAGUCCAACCCUAUCAGAAACCUCCAGGUGUCCCUCAACCAUCUUCAUCUGACCCAGGGUCAUACAGCCACUGAGGAGCCACGUUUCAUGGUCCAAACCCAUCCGAGAUGCUUCCUGGUGCCCCCCAACCAUCUUCAUCCAGCCCCAGGUUCUGGUGCCCAUCAAGGAGCCAUGUUUUGGGGUUGACCCCACUGGAGAUGUGUCCUGGUGUCCUCUCAGUGGGACCUGUUUCUGGUGAGGAGCCACAUUUUGGGGUUGACUCCACUGGAGAUGCAUCCUGGUGACCACCCAACCAUCUUCAUCCAGCCCCAGGUCCUGGUACCCAUCAAGGAGCCACAUUUUGGGGUUGACCCCACUGGAGAUGCAUCCUCUCAACUGUCCAACCACAGGUCCCAUUUCUGGUGAGGAGCCAUGUUUUGGGGUUGACCCCACUGGAGAUGUGUCCUGGUGCCCCUCAACCACCUUCAGCCAACCCCAGGUUCUGGUACCCACCAAGGAGCCAUGUUUUGUGGUCCAACCCCAUCUGAGAUGCAUCCUGGUGCCCUUCAACAACCUUCAUCCAGCCCCAUGUUCUGGUGUCCAUCAAGGAGCCAUGUUUUGGGGUAGAACCUACUGGAGAUGCAUCUUGGUGUCCCUCAACUACCUUCAUCCAGCCCCAGGUUCUGGUGCCCAUCAAGGAGCCACAUUUUGGGGUAGAACCUACUGGAGAUGCAUCCUGGUGUCCCUCAACCACCUUCAUCCAGCCCCACGUUCUGGUGCCCAUCAAAGAACCACAUUUUGGGGUCUAUCCCCCCAUCCCGCUGCCUUCCCAACCAUCUUCCUCCCAUCCCUUUCCCCCCGCUUCUCCCCACCCCGACGUGUGGUCGCCCCACCGGCAUGAAUUUCCUGGAUCUUGGCGGAAGAUGCCGGUAACCUCGUCGGGAUUAGAGGAGAAGGCGGAGGAAGCCGUUUCCUCCUCCGGCUCCGGAUAAAAACCCGGGAGUUGGCCGUGGCAGGAGGAAGACGCGCCCGCGGCCGUGGCGCUUUACCAGCUCGGGUGGAGUCUCCCCUCCCCGUGGCCGCGCGGCCCCACGUCAGCCCCCCCCCUCCCCCGCUUCCGGCCCUCCGGCAUGAAGGUCCUGCUCAUGUUGCUCCUGGCGCUGGUAGCCACAGCCUCAAGGAACGUCCUGUGGGUGAUCGAGGGGACCUCCUGCGACCUGCCCUGGCAGGCUGCCCUCUUCAAAGGCGAGAAGUUCAUCUGCGGAGGGACGUUGGUGGACAGGAACUGGGUGCUGACGGCUGCCCACUGCCACGUCCCGGGCUUGAUCAGCGUGCGGCUGGGAGGCCGAAGCCAUAAGGACUCAGGUGACACCAAGCAGCAGCGAUACUCGGCCAAGGUCUUCAGGUAUCCACUCUACAAUGAGACCAACAAGGAUGGUGACCUGAUGCUCAUCAAGUUCCUCCUGCCCAUCCACAUCACCAAGCAAGUGAAGCCGUUGCCGCUGGCCUCCCACUGCCCUGUGCCUGGCAAGACCUGCCAGAUCUCAGGCUGGGGGUCCACCACCAGCCCUGAAGUCACCUUCCCUGAGGACCUCCACUGCACCAAGGUCACCAUUGUCUCCGAGGAGCAGUGCCGGCGCAUCUACCCUGACUCCAUCACCUCCAACAUGGUGUGUGCGGGCGAGUCCCGCAGCCGGGCUGACUCCUGCCAGGGUGACUCCGGUGGACCCCUCAUGUGCGACGGGCGACUCCAGGGUAUCGUGUCUUGGGGUCCGGGCAUCUGCGGGGACCCCAAAAAACCCGGCGUCUACGUCAACCUCUGCAAAUACACCCGGUGGCUCCAGGACACCAUGAGAAGGAAUUGAAUCCCCAUCCCCAAUCCAUCCCCAACCCCAGAUGACCACGGGAUGGACCCUACAGCUCCUCUUCUUCCUCCCUGAUGAAGGUCCCCAGAGCCGGCCGGUCCGAGCGCUGGAGCACGUGCCCUAGAGGGUGGGGCAGGGGUUGACCACUGGGACCUUGUUGAGAUGUUGAUGAAUAA